AUGAGUCAUUUUGAAUUCGCCAUACCGCUUCAGAAGGAUGAAUUACUUGAAUCUCAUGCAGGACAGUAUCAUGUCGAGGAUAUUGUGCAACCGCGAGUACUUUUAUCAAAAUUACAAGAUGCUGCACGAGCUUUUAAUGCUGAAGGGGUUGAGUACAUAUUGGAACACUUUGAUACGUAUUUCUCUAUCCUAGUUCACGGCAACAAGCUAGAAUGGAAUGUUAUAAAUAAAGGUUUUGAACACAUCGUACGUGCAAGCAAAAGCCUCUGUAACCACUUAGAGCUUAUAUUGCAAGAUAAAGAAAUUGACUCAGACCUUAGAAUUAAAAACUUGAACAUUUUGAAAAUGAUAAUGUAUCUGUAUACACAGCUUAUGAAGACUAAAGACACUAAACUUGCUACUGAUAAUUCCACUAAGCUGACACUAGGCAAAAAAGGCAAGAAAGUAACUACAGAUGAAGAUGAGUUCUGUGGCUGGACUGAGUCUGACAAGCUGGCGGCCCUGGUUACACUCAAUUUAGUACUGCAGCAACCCUUGUUUAGGCUAUGGGAUCCACCUUUAGCUGAAGACAACUUUGUAUCAAUGGUGGCAGAUCCGUGCUACAAAGCACUGGAAGAACAAAUAAUUAAAAAUAAAUCCAUCAGAGAAACUGUGUUUCAAGUGCUUGGGGUGCUGAUCAAGAAGUACAAUCAUGGUACUUCAUGUCUCAUCAAAUUGGUGCAGGUACUUCAAAUGAUGGAGCAUGCAGUAUCACCGAUUUGUGCAGGAGUAGUGCAACUAACAAAAGAAUUUGGACUUGGAACUUUUGGACCACAAAUGGUGAGAGAAAUAGCAGAGGCUUUAGCAUCGACAGAUGAUGAGAAUGUUGGAGCUGGUACGGAGCAGGGAGCUACCAAGAACUGUGGCGCCUUUCUACUGGAACUGACUAAGGAAAUGCCUAAAGAAAUGACCACUGCCAUCGCCACCAUACAACCUUAUUUGGAGAGUGAUGAGUCGUACACGCUCCGUAUCAGCGUGUUAGGCAUGAUGUGCGAGGCGCUGAGCUCCGAGCUCCGUGGUGAAGGGCUGCCCGACGACAUGCGCGCGCAACGGGACGACUUCCUCGACGACCUCUACGAACACAUGCACGAUCUCUCCGCAUACGUGCGACAUAAGGUGCUGCAAUUCUGGUGCCGUCUGCAAAGAGAAAACUGUGUGCCAGUGAGUCGACAGAAAACUGUACUCGAGCGAUGCAUCGGCCGGCUAAAGGACAAGGCAGCACUCGUCAGGAAAGCUGCAGUACAGUUACUAAAGAUAUUCUUGGAAUGCAAUCCAUUCUCAGCGCAACUGAAAUUGGAAAUACUUGAGGAACAGUUGAAAACUGAGCAGGAUAUAUUGGAUGAUCUACAAAAGAAGUUGAAUAACGGCCCUGACCCUGAAUUAGUAAAACAAUGGGAGGCUUUAGAACGUGAAGUAGUAAGUGCCAUUAAAAAAGGUAUGGAGGUCCUUACGCAAGAUGAACCAGAAUUAUCCCAAGCUUCACUGGACAAUUUGUACGAAGCUAUCCGCAAACAUCUUCGUGAAAAGAACUAUUACAAGGCAUAUCUUAUUGUAAAGCACACUGAGAGACAGUACCCUGAUGCCAAGUUAAUGAGGUGUGAUAUGGAGAAGAGUGAUCAGAUUGCAUACUUCGUAGCGUUACUCAGAAACAUAUUCAUAAUACCAGACAGGACAACGUCUCUAACUCAGCAAUGUGAACAAGAAUUAGCUCUGUAUAAGAGAAUAGAAGAAAAAGAGAAUAUAGUUGCCUUUCUCCAAGAGUCAGUACAUUUCAGUCGAAUGGUGUCUGAAGCCGUGCCUGUUAUAAAUUCCUUACUGAUGUCCAAGCAAGCUGGUGACGUUAGUGAGGCGAUAGACUUCUUCGUAACUGCUCAUCACUUCAAUAUUGAGUCAGCGAAAAUGGGCGUCGCUAACAUGUUGCUGCUUGUUUGGUCUCCUGAUCAGGAUAAACGUGAAGCAGUGGAGCGUGCGUACCGCGACAUGUACUUGGAGUGUGACAACAAGGCGGAGCGCGCGCGGUGCUUCGCCAUCGCCAACAAACUGGUCUCUCUCAUGGCGCACGUCGACCGCGGCAGCGCACUGGCGCUCGAACAUUUAGUUGCCAAGUGGGUCGAUAAGGGCGACAUCAGUCCUGGUAUCAUACAGGUGUUCUGGGAAAUGUUCCUAAAGAAAAUUGAUGGGACUACGGACAUGGAUAGUUACGCGGCACUCACUUUACUUGUGUUGGUCGCGAAGGCGAAACCUUCUGUAGCAGUCGCUAAUCUUGACGUUAUACAAACACAUGGCCUGACAGCCGAUUAUAAUUCGAGGAACUUAAGUGUCCAGCUAUUAUUAUCAUUGGCGAAAAAGAACCAAAGAUACCCUGAAGACCACGCGCUGUUCAAGUCAAUCUACGAUAGUUUACUGGAAGCAUUCUCGAAGUUAGAUAAAUUCACAGCAUUUGCCGCCAACUGUAUUGAUCUAAUAUACGGAAUCUGUGACACUCCUGAGAUUUUAAGCGCAAAAAUUCUGGCGGAGAUGUACAAGAGAGUUGAGGAGACGAUAGUGAGAGAUGGUGAGAAUGAGGAAGAAAUCACUGUGCCUGUGGAGCUACUGACUCGCUUCGUGUUUUUACUGGGACAAGUGGCGUUACAGCAACUCAUAUACCUUGAUAUAAAUGUGUACAGUGAACUCAGGAGAAGGAACCAGGUUCGUGAAGAACGAAAGGCUGAAGAGAAACGUAAAAAGAAAGCUGGCGCAUUUGCGACGCCGGGGAAACGCGGCCGCGUGGAUGACUUACGUCGCCAGACUCUCAUGAAUGUCAGCAAUGCAAGCGCUUCGUCCAGACAACAGCGAUCUGCCAGCGUCACCUCCACCAAAGGACCUUCGGUGAACACGACGAUGACGGAGGAGGAGGCGCUAGAGGGCGCCGUUGCGGACGAUGCGGACGCGGAGUACGUGCGCAGCGUGUGCGAGCGAGACAUCGUGGGCGCCGGCAGCGCGCUGGCCGCCUACGUGCCGCUACUGCGCGCGCUGCUCACGACCCACGCCGCGCCCGCGCUGCAGGCCGCCGCCGCGCUCGCAUACACCAGGUUCAUGUUGGUAUCGAGCGCAGUGUGCGACGAGGGUCUGCAGCUGAUGAUGACAGUACUGAAGAAGUCCAAGAAUGUGUCUAUGAGAACCAACCUAACUAUAGCAUUCGCUGAUCUUACAUUGCGGUUCCCCAAUCUCACCCAACCUUGGACACAUCAUAUUUAUCAUAUAUUGACCGACGAAGAGUUGGAAGUGCGUCAAUGUGCAGUCAAAAUGCUCUCCUUCCUGGUACUACAUGAAAUGGUGCGAGUGAAGGGACAAAUCGCGGACAUGGCGCUUUGCUGCGCGGACAAAGACCCGCGAGUUGCUUCCAUGACAAAAAUAUUCUUCAAACAAUUGUCACAAAAAGGCAACGCCUUGUACAACGUCAUGCCAGAUAUCAUAUCGAGGCUUAGUGACCCCGAAUUGAACGUCCCUGAAGAACAUUACCGGUCUAUCAUGAAAUAUAUCACAUCUCUUAUACAAAAAGACCGCCAAAUGGAAGCUCUUAUCGAAAAACUAUGCCAAAGAUUCAAACUGUCAACAGAAGAACGGCAGUGGCGCGACCUGGCGUACUGUCUUUCCCUAUUUACGUACAACGAAAGAUCUCUACGCAAACUAAUUGAAAACCUCGAUUGUUACAAAGAUAAGCUGCAUUGUGCGGGAGUCAUGGACUCCUUUAAUAUUUUGAUGAAUAACACGUCGAAAAUGGCGCGCAACGAAAUUAAAGCUCUUGUCACGGAAUUAGGAGAAAAGAUAGAAGAAUGCUUUGCGGUCCGCGGUGAGGAGAACGGUAACACGGAAGAUAAUAGUGAAGGUGCUGCUAACAGUGGAUCGCCGCCGACUCGGAAGACCGAGGCGGUGAAAGCUACGCCGCGCCGUAAGCCCGCAGCCAGGAGAAACCGAAGAAAAUCUUCUUCCAGCCCAGAUGAGAACGAACCUCCAAGUAACGAAAAGACACCGCAAAGUGUAAGAAAGUCCAGCAGAAAAGCGGCGACAAGAGCGAAUAAAGCAGUCGCAAAUGAUUCCGAUGAUUCUGACGACGACUUCCAGAAGAAAGACGAUGAGGAAGUGUUCAAAAAACCUGCCGUCAAGAAAACAACACGACGAAGAAAAUUAUAA